AUGGCUACCCAGUACUACCCGUCUUCCCUCGGAUUCAUCCACAAUCUCAAAGCCUUGUCGAAAAAGGAUCGACAUGUUAGGUUGGCUCCAAGAGGCUCUGAAGGGUCCAUCUGGCCAUGCCAGGUCACCCAUGCUGACAAUAAAGUCGUGGUGGAGCUCCCCAAUCACUACUACGAGCCUAUUCAGGCUUUCACCUGGAGAGAAAAGGCGAUCCGGCUGGUGCUUCACUUCAAGAAGAAGGAGGAGGUGGAGGUGGAAGAGCCGCUGGUGGAGAAUCUGACCAUGAUCCUCGCAUAUAUGAACAGGGUUUUCGUUCAAGUAGUUGCGGAGGCGAAGAAAGUCAAACGCAGAGAUCGCACACUCGAUUGGCGAAGUCCGACAUUCGACAACUACUUAUUGAUAGAAUAUUUCGUGCGGCGCCAUGAACCGGCCCAGGUGAGGAAUUACAGACGCAACAACGACCACAACAUCAACCGCGCCAGCAUUGCAGAGGUUGACUGGGUUCACCAUGAGCGCGCCCUGGGUGAGAUGUGGUAUGGGAGCCGGACUCAGUUCGAAAUGGAUGAGAAAAUGAAGACUGUGGAUGUGGCAAGGAAACUGAUCGACGUGAUGGUGGACUUCUAUGAUCCAGUGGAGGAUGAGGACCCUGACUUCGGAUACACGUACAAAGAACAUCUACAAGGCAGCGCUGCAGAUAAAGGCAAGGGAAAGGCAGGGAGAGGGAGAGGGAGAUGA